AUGACAUGGAGUCAGUUUAAAGUAAUAUUCUACGAGAAAUAUUUUCCUCAAUGCUUUAAAGACCGUAAAGUGUCAGAAUUUCAAGAACUAAAGCAAAGCAAGAUGUCCGUAGCCGAAUAUGAAGCUAAGUUCACAGAGUUGGCUAGAUUUGCACCUCAUAUGGCUGACACAGAUUACAAAAAGGCUCAGAAAUUUGAAGGGGAAUUAGAUUUGGAUGUGUUUGAUCGAGUAGGCAUUUUAAAGUUGCCUACAUAUGUGGAAGUCCUUGAUAAAGCAUUGAUGGCAGAGGCCAUUUUGGCAGCAAAGAAACAAGCUCCAGCUCUAACAACUGAAUGGAAAGGUGCUUGUUUUCGGUGUGGCAAGACUGGCCACAUGGUUAGAGAUUGUCUGCUAAGAUCUGAUGAUGCUAACCCUCCUGCAACAAGUUCAGCCAGGUCUGCUUCUGUAGCAAGAACAAAUGCACAAGCUAAUGCCAGGGGUAACAAGGGAAAUGAGACGUUGAGACAGGGAAGAGUGUUCGCAUUAGUACCUGGGGAUGUACAGAACGCCGAGUCUGUGGUGUCAGGUAUAAUUUCCAUCUAUAACCAAAAUGUAUAUAUCUUGAUAGAUUCUAGUUCUACACACUCAUUUGUGUCGCAUGCCUUUUCUCGAAAAUUGAUUAGACCUUUAGAACCUAUGAAUAAUUUACUGUCUCUUUUUACACCAUCUGGGGGUUCUAUGGUAUGUACUUAUGUUUAUCCGGCAUGUGAACUAGUAAUUAGUGAUGUGACACUGUAUGUUGAUUUAUUGCUAUUGGGUAUUGAUUAUUUUGAUUACAUACUGGGUAUGGACUGGUUGACGAAGUACUGUGCAACUAUUGACUGUGUGAAUAAAUCCGUUGUGUUUCGUCCACCUGGUUUAUAUGACGGCCCAAAUUCUAAGGACAUCAUAAUAAGAUUUAGAACUUAA